UAUUGUAUAUAUUGUAUUUCCUAUCUUUUUGUCCUAAAAUCGGCACCAAAUAAUUCAUUGGAAAAAUGAAAAUUCAUCUUAUUGCAAUCUUUAUUACGUUGUUAUAUUUUACCGGACAAAGUGUUGAUAGUACUCGGCAGAGUUUGUCAAAUUUCAACAAAGAAAAAUUCAAUGAAAAAAGAGUUGCCAGCUUGAAAGAUUAUCUUCAAGCUAAAGCUUUGGCAAGAGAUAAAAAAUGGUUGGAUUGGGAUGAUAUUAAAGAUUCUUUAAGCGAUGCUUGGGACCAUGUUAAAGAUGCUAAAGAUAAACUUGUCGACAGCGUUGAAGAAGGAAUAAAUCGUAUUAAAGAGAAUAAAAACUUUCAAAAAGUCAUGAAUAAAUUGGACGAAUGGGAAGAUAAAGUUGAAGAGUCUAUAAACGAAGGAAUCGAUAAACUUAAAGAGAAUGAUCAUUUAAAAGAAGCGUUAGAUCGUUUAAAAGAGAUUAAAGACGAAAUUGAGGAAUCUGUUGAAAAUGGAAUAGAUAAGAUAAAAAAUCACGAAAAGUAUAAAGAAGCCGUUGAAAGAUUGAAAAAAUUAAAAGGAGAUAUUUUAGAUAAAAUUGAAAACGCAAAAUAA